UAUAAACAAGUACUAAGUAACCACGCAGAACAUGGCGAGCAACUGAAAAAAAAGCUCUCCGAAAGUCUCCAAAGUUGCAAGAAAAAAUUGACUUAAAAAUCUGACAUUUUAGUACGAAACCAAGCCAUGUUUGGACAAACAGGCCAGCCUGUCGUGAAGCCACAAGGAGGCUUUACGUUUGGAUCAGGAAGUACAUCAAGUGGCGCGAUACCUGGAAACAGUGCUUUUGCAUUUGGCUCCCCUUCUGUUGGAUCGGGAUCCACUACUUCUACAACAUCAGGUUUUAUACUUGGCAAUACAUCCACAGCUGCAUCUUCUGUACCAGCAUCAAAACCCUUUUACUUUGGUUCAGGUGCAUCUAUAACAACACCUUCCUUCAGCUUGGGGGGUUUGUCAGGUGGCCCUACCACAGCAACAGCAGCAUCAGCUCCAGCUCCAAACAUAAGUAUUGGUAGUACCCCAAGCCAGAAAGCAGGAGGUCUGUUUGGGUCAGUACCCUCUGCUAGUACUAAUACAGCUUCAGCGCUGUCUACAGGAGGGUUUACCUUCGGAGGUAGUGGUACUAGUUCUGUUCAAGGCAGCUCUGCAGCUACAACUAGUACAACUGGAAUAAGCAGCACUCCAUCAAUGUUUACAUCAGCACCUCAGGCAACUGCAACUGCACCUUCACUGGGACUGGCAAUUUCAACCGCUUCAUCUGGUCAAGGCUUCAAACUUGGAACUGCAAGCACUGCAGCUACAGGGUUAGGGAGUACUCAAGCAUCAGGAGGUUUGGGGUUUGGGCUGGCCAAGACRUCUAACACACUUGCUGGAACUACUUCAACUACUCUUGGUAUAGCAUCAACAGGAGCAGGUACUGGUACAGCUUUACCCAGUUUUGGAGCACAUUCAACAAGCAAAGCUGCAACAAGUGUCCUUCCAACAGCCCAAACAACUGCAUCCACUGCUGGAAUUACCACCAGUAGCACACCUCAACUGAGUUAUAAACAACUUGAAGAACAUAUCAACAAAUGGGUUUCAGAUUUAGAAGAUCAUGAAAGAACAUUUUUGGAUCAAGCAGCACAAGUGAAUGCAUGGGACAGACUGUUAAUCGAUAAUGGGGAGAAGAUAACUGAAUUGAAUGACAAUGUUGAAAGUGUUAAAGCAGAACAAAAAAGGCUGGACGAGGAACUUGAUUUUAUAUUAGCACAACAGCAAGAAUUAAAAGUAUUGUUGAAACCACUGGAAGAAGAACUUCAGAAGAGAAUCACAGGUCCAGGGCAACUACAAAAUGCAGAUAGAGAACGAGAAUUUACAUAUGGACUAGCAAAGGAUGUUGAUGGUCAGUUGAAGCAAAUGGUGGGUGACCUGAAAUCUAUUAUUGAGCAUCUCAAUAAAGCUGGUUCUACCCAACAGGAAAAUAAUGACCCAAUUAUACAAGUAGCCAAGAUCCUAAAUGCGCACAUGAACUCAUUACAGUGGAUUGAUCAGAAUGCAGCUCUUCUUCAAAGAAAAGUUGAUGAAGUUUCAAGUCUCAGUGAAAUUAGAAGAAAAGAACAAGAACGCRACUUUCGUUUGGCUUUUGAUUAGUAAUGUAACUGUGGUAAAAUAUGGUGUAAAGAGAAUGUGGUCAACAAACUGCAUAGUAUGUAUAUGAACAUCUACCCAUUAUCUGUAAUGAUAAGGUAUAGACACUGACAAGUUAGCAACAAAAUAUGGAUAAGGAUAGGACACAAGCAUUACUGUGCAUUACCCUCAUAAAAUGGGUAUUGUGCAGGAACCUAUUGAUAAAAUGUACUUCUCCCAGUUAAAGAGACUAAUAUAAGGUACCUAUGUGCCCAAGGAAGAUCCACAUGGAAAGUGUAUGACUGUACUUGAACCCCUCUUGUGGCAGCACUCCCAGUACCCGUGGAUGUUCCAUUUACUUUAGUGGGAGAGAGACUGUCAUAUUUUCGAUAACUUCUUACUUUAUGGAGUGAUUUUCCUCAGACAAUGAAAUAGUAGACUAAUAGAGGUUUAGUAUAUUAUUUUUAUUUCUGUCURUCGUUUUAUUUUGUGCCUAUUUGACUAAUUUAAUACACACUACCUUCUAGAAACUGUUUCACACUCUGUGAAAAAUCACUAUUAAUUAUAAUAAUUGUAAUUAUUCAGUAUCUGAAACCAUUGUAGUAAUAGAAAAUUUGUUGGCUACAUUUAA